AUGGAGACUCCUCGGUCAGAUCAGACCCACACAAAUGCAACUAGCAGGACAGCCUCCAUCGGGUCUGUCGAAUACAACCGUGCACAGGCACAACCUGACGAUUACCUCGACCUACCAAUCCGCGAAGUCAAUGAUGGCGCCGAUUUACGCGAAUACAUCACCGAGACAAGGACAGGUGAAAUCAUCAAGCCUGUCAAGUCCAAUGCUACUGGUAAACUCGAAGAUUGGAAGAUGGUGACCUUCACCAUCGACGACCCUGAGAACCCCAAGAAUUGGUCAAAGGCAUACAAGUGGUACUGUACCAUGGUGGUCGCCUUCACCUGCUUUGUCGUCGCAUUUUGCAGUAGUGUCAUUACAGCCGACGUUGAGGGACCCAUUGAGGAAUUCGGUAUCGGUCGUGAAGUCAGUUUGCUUGUUAUUACGGUUUUCGUUAUUGGAUUCGGUCUUGGCCCCAUGGUCUUUGCUCCAAUGUCAGAGAUAUUCGGACGUCGACCUGUCUACGCUCUGACCCUUGCACUCGCUGUUAUUUUCGUCAUCCCAUGUGCCGUCUCCAAGAACAUUGGAACUCUCAUUGUCUGUCGUUUGAUUGACGGAAUCGCUUUCAGUGCUCCCAUGACUCUAGUCGGUGGUACUUUGGCCGAUUUGUGGAAGAGCGAGGAGCGUGGUGUUCCGAUGGCAGCAUUCAGCGCUGCUCCCUUCAUUGGCCCGGCCAUUGGUCCGCUUGUUGGUGGUUACCUGGCUGACAAUUGUGGCUGGCGUUGGCUUUACUGGAUCCAGCUUAUUCUGUCCUUUGUCGCCUGGGUCAUGAUCACCUUCACUGUCCCUGAGACAUUCGCACCAAUUUUGCUCAAGAAGCGAGCCCAGAAACUUCGCAAGUCUCAGGACGACCCCAAGUAUACCACCGAAACCGAGCUCGAUGCUCGCCCCAUGGGCGAGAAGCUGCGAAUCUUCCUCUUCCGCCCCUUCCAGCUUUUGUUCCUCGAGCCUAUCGUCUUAUUCAUCUCUCUCUACAUGUCAGUCAUUUAUGGCUUGCUGUACAUGUUCUUCGUUGCCUAUCCAAUUGUUUACCAGGGAGGCAAAGGAUGGAGCGCGUCUAACACCGGUCUCAUGUUUAUCCCUCUGGCUAUCGGUGUUGUCAUGAGCGCAGCAUGCGCUCCUUUUGUCAACAAGCACUACCUCAAGGUCGCUGCGGCAUGCGGCGGCAAGCCUCCGGCCGAAAAGCGUCUCCUUCCCAUGAUGGCUGCUUGUUGGUGCGUCCCUUCUGGUCUUUUCAUCUUCGCCUGGACCUCAUACCCCGAUGUUCACUGGAUGGGACCGGCUAUGGGAGGUUUCCUCAUUGGAUUCGGCAUUAUCUUCCUCUAUAACUCUGCCAACAACUACCUUGUUGAUACCUACCAGCACCAAGCAGCAUCUGCUCUCGCAGCCAAGACUUUCAUUCGCUCUAUUUGGGGUGCCUGCACUGUCUUGUUCACAGAGCAAAUGUAUGAACGCCUGGGCGAUCAGUGGGCCAGUUCGCUUCUUGCAUUCAUCGGCUUGGGUUGCUGUGCCAUUCCUUAUGUGUUCUACUUCAAGGGAGAGUCCAUUCGUCGUUUCUCGAAGUUCGCCUUCAGUGACGAUGAAGAGAACACUCCUGUCAAGGCAUAA